CAAUUCAAAAAGACACUAAUUGACUUACAUGCAAGAACACACACACAAGCUUAUCGUUGUCCAGUUGGUUAAUGCAAUUAAUUUAGCUUAAAUGCCUGCUUUAAUGCCCCCACACACAGCAAUAGUAAGACAGCCUGUCCAGUUGGUUAAUGGGACACCAUCCAACUGGUUAAGCCAAUAAAGGAAGUGAGGAGUGCUGCAGAACUGGACUGAGCUUUUAUAAUGGACUCAACUCCUCGCAGCAUAAACACGUGUUAGUAUGUGUACACAUGCACAAGUUGAAAGGUAAACAAAAAGUAAACAUACCAUCACAUUUAUGUCUUAGCAGCACAAAAACAUUUGCAGAAAAAAAACGUAUUUAAAGCCCUGCUAUAUUCCGUUAUAUUAUCACACAUGUUCACACAUACUAUACACAAUGGGAGGGAGGGAGUGAAAGAAACGGAAUCAUAUUACUUUGACUCCAUACAUAAAGUAUGCUGACUUUACCUCUUGAUGUCUCCCCUGAGGGUGGGGACUCCUGCCUUUAGUCAGCUUAGCAUUUAUCCCAACCUCCCUAAAAUGUACCCGGGGGCAUGGUGCUGGAUUUACUGUACCUUCAAACACACAUGGAGCUGAUUUAGCCUGACCCAUACAGAAAAGCCCCAAAAGUCUAAUUCUUCUUCCACAGCCUGUCAAACACAUCUCAGAAUCUUUCCUCUCCGAGGUUUUGUGUCAGGUCAGAUUUAUUUAUAGAAAUCAACACUCUGGUUUGACACAGACUGAAAUCAGAACUAAUGAAAGGUGGAAGAACUAGAAAACAAAGAAAAAUAAAAUGACCUAUUAAUGAUUGAAGACUAGAGGUUGAAUGUGUAAGUUCUUGUUGUUGUUUGAGCUAGUGCAGUCCAAAAUUUUAGAUCUUGGGUCUUGGGCAGGUGGCCUUGACAUUUCAACAGAAACUGUUGGCAGUUUUUUUUUUCACUUAUGGAAAGGUGACUUCAAAAACUCAUGAAUGAAAGACGCAUGAAUUUCUGUAGGUAACGUUCUUAAGCCUACACCUGUCACUGGUACUCUCCACUGGUCAUAUAUGUUGCUAUGGCUUUCAUUGGCAAUUGAUUCUGUUGUUUGUAUGUGGUGUGUUAAGUUACAGUGCUUUGAGCUAUAGUGUAGCCUCAACCAAGCAGCGUUAGCAGCUAAAUACAAAGCAACCCUAUAGACAGGAGUCCAGUUUCAAAGUUAUGUUAAAUACUUUCUCUCCACAAUAUCUACACAUGGCAGCUAUAGUAUGUUUAUGGUUAGGGAAAGAUUGUGGUUAUGGUCAGUAGUGUUGUAAUACUUACGAUCGGCCUUGGUCUAGAGACUGGUCUCAGAAUCAGCUGGAAUUUCUCUCUGCCUUGUCUCAGUCUCAGACAAAACCACAACUACGGGAAUAUCACGAAAAGUUCUGUGCAUUGUCGGAUUUUCUUAUUUCAGCAUUGGACAAUAUCCCUUUAAAAUAAAAUUCACACUGGUCUGGUCCUGGUCUUGACUUAGUCGUGCCCUGCCUUGCUCAGAUCAUGACCUGGUGUCAGCCUCUCGAAGUAUUUGUCUUGUCAGUGUCUUGAUACACUCUGGUGUUGGUCAUGACUUGUUUCUGUUUUGGGUGGUCUUGACUACACUGAACAAGACUUGAAAUGGAAAACAACUGCUGCACGUUCCAGUUUGUUUGCCACAAACAGUCGAUGUAUCAAUUGCAAUUUCCAAUUGCCUAAUCUAUACAUGAUACCCCUUACAUACAGUAUUACAUGCUACCCAUUCCAUCGUACCUGUUAACCACAAUAUACCUCUCACAGUACAUGAUACCCCUUGCCUAAAGUGUUCCAUGUUGCAAUUUACUUAAAUAACAUUUUAGGCACCCAGUUUAUGCUAUGUUACACACUACCCACAUCCUACCCCCUUUUCCAUGAUAUUCCACGAUACACAUUCCAAUGUUACAUUUACUUCUACGUUAUACCAUGUGAUUCAAUCAGUAUUGCCCCUUACAGUUUAUACUACCCCUCUCCAACAAUAUUGCACUUCAGCCUUCUCCCUUGAUGUUCUAUGGUCCCCCAUUAGUGGAAUAUUCCCAGGAUUUUACAAAGUUAUAUUUUACCUCCUUUUUAAUUCCACAUUGAAUCUACAUUCAAGCUAGUUUGGAAAACAAGCAUAGCUUUUGCAAAAGCCAGUUGCACACUAUCAGUGUGUAGUGUACAUGUCCAAGAAUGUGUCAGUACUUAGGAAUGAAACACACCCCUGAGAAGCAACAGCAUUUAGCAGAGGAAGUCUGAUAAAGCUCCACCACUCACGUGACUCUCAUGUGACAAACCAGGAAACAGUUUGUUAUCAUUUUACACUAAAGAGAGACAUGCAAACUGAAAAUGGAGUGAGUUCAACUACAGGAGAGCAAAGUGUAAGACACUGCUGCUUCAACCUGCUGACGAUCCAUGCUCUGAAUCGUUACUUAGAGACAAAAUGGCUUCCAGAUCAGAGGAGGAUCUUUGCUGUCCAGUCUGUUAUGAGGUCUUUAGAAAUCCUGUUGUUCUGUCAUGUAGCCACAGCUUCUGUAAAGACUGUCUGAAGAGCUGGUGGAGAGAGAAAAAAACACACGAGUGUCCAGUUUGUAAGUUAAUAUCUUCCUUGGCAGAACCUCCUGUUAGUCUGGUGUUAAAGAACCUGUGUAAGGCCUUCUUGUUGGAGAGAGAUCAGAAAGCUUCAGGAGCUUUCUGCAGUCUGCACUCUGAGAGACUCAAACUCUUCUGUCUGGACCAUCAGCAGCCAGUGUGUGUCGUCUGCAGAGAUUCAGAACAACACACCAACCACAGAUUCAAACCCAUCAAUGAAGCUGCACAACAACACAAGAAGGAACUUCAGGAAACUCUGGAGCCCUCAAAGGAGAUUUUAAAGAUUUUAAAACAAGUUAAAGUGCAGUUUGAUCAAACAGCAGAACACAUGAAUGUCCAGGCCCAACACACAAAGAAGCAGAUUAAAAAACACUUUAAGAAGCUUCACCAGUUUCUAGAAGAGGAAGAGGGUGCUAGGUUGGCUACACUGAGGGAGGAAGAGGAGCAGAAGAGUCAGAUGAUGAAGGAGAAGAUGGAGGCUCUGAGCAGAAAGAUAGCAGCUCUUUCAGACACAGUCAGAGCCACAGAGGAGUUGCUGAAAGCUGACGACGUCUCAUUCCUGAACAACUACAAGGCUCCAGUGGAAAGAGUCCAGCAGCGCCCCCUGCUGGAGGAUCCACAGCCGCUCCCAGGAGAUCUGAUAGACGAGGCCAAACACCUGGGCAACCUGACCUUCAACAUCUGGAACAAGAUGAAGGACAUGGUCUCCUACAGUCCUGUGAUUCUGGACCCAAACACUGCUCAUCCAAGACUCAGCCUGUCUGAAGAUCUGACCUCUGUGAGACGAGGAGAGGAACGGCAGCUUCCUGACAAUCCGGAGAGGUUUGAUUAUUAUCCAUCUGUUCUGGGCUCUGAGGGCUUUAACUCAGGGACUCACAGCUGGGAUGUCGAGGUAGGAGACAGUACAGGCUGGUUUCUGGGUGUGUUAGCAGAGUCUGUCCAGAGGAAGGGACGUAUACAGUCUAGAUUAUGGAGAAUAGGGUUAUAUAAAGGUAAAUAUUCAGCAUGGUCACCAUCAGCUCCACUCACUGCUCUCCAAGUGCAGAAGAAGCUCCAGAGGAUCAGAGUGAAUCUGGACUGGAACAGAGGACAGUUGUCGUUCUCUGAUCCUGAUACUAACACACACAUACACACCUUCACACACACUUUCACUGAGAGGCUGUUUCCAUUCAUUAUCACUUUGGAUAAACUCCCACUGAAGAUAUUAGCAGUGAAGGUCAGUGUGACAGUGUAACAAAGCAGUUAGAGAUUAAGAGGAUGAUUCUUGAUGAUGUUUAUUUAAGUGAAAGUCACUGAAUCCAACCUGAUGCGCAUGUUUCUUUCUGUAUGUUUAGAUCGUUGAGCCUUUUUUCGUUUUUAUGGAUAGUGGUGCCACAAAUACCAGCAACUCCUUUGUGAAAGCUGAUGAAUCCAAAUACAAAGAAAAAAGAAACAAGUUAUUAAUAACUGCUUGUUUGAGCGGCGAUUCAUUGUUCAGAUCCAACAAACGUUAUUUAAAAUUAUUUUUAUUGUCUGUUAAUGUCUGGAAAAUUAUAAAGUUUCCAGAAAAUUUUAACGUUUCCAGACAUUAAUUACAUUUAGGAAAUAUAUGUACUUAUACUGUGUGUAUGUUUAACUACAUAUAUAUAUAGGCUAUAUGUAGGCCUACAAUUUUAUAUUUCAUAUAAAGAAGUCGUUGAUUCCGUCUGUUAGGGUUUUGUUGAGGGUUUGGGUUCAAACUUUAUGUAAUGUUAGUGAUUUAAAGGACCAGUGUGUAGCAUUUGGUGGCAACUAGCGGCGAACGGGCAGAUGGAAACUGUUUCAAUACAGCUCAGCCUUCCAAGCAUGAAGGCUGAGCUGUAGAAACAUGGUGGUUCAACAUGUCGGCCUCCAUAGAAGAGGACCUGCUCCCUCUGUAGAUAAAAAUGUCUCAUUCUAAGGUAGCAACGAUUCCUAUAUUCAGGUGAUUAUACAUUAAUGAAAACAUACCUGAAUAUUAUAUUCCAUUUCUGCCAAUAUAUCAAAUGUUACACACUGGACCUUUAAGAAUAUUAAUUGACAAUAACGUUAAAGCUGAAUGUAUAUUAAUUUCUGUUUUUUAUCAGCACAAUAAAAUAUAUUACCUUU